CUUUUCAUUAGUAGUGUUUUUUACGUGGCCGUGAUGUCUUCGGAAUGUCCGGUGUCUUCGAACGGAUGAUUUUUGGCUACCCAGAGGAUACUUGGUAAAAGACCGGAUGUCGUGAGAUGUUUGAGCCAUAUGUAAAGUAAUGUUUCUGACCGCUCCAAAGUGAAUGGCAAUCAGAGAACUUUCCGCACUUAUGUGAACUUCUACACAUGACUCCAUCACUCAACCUUAUGUGUUUAUGCACAUAUGUAUAAGAUAGUUACUUCAUAUGGUCUGGUUUCUUUCUCUCGAUAUUCGAGACUGAACGAGAAUUGAUACAAGUGAGAAGUACUUUACAGAAAAAAAAUUUCACCCGUUACUUGAAACUCUCGAUAUUCGUACUUAAUAUGAGUAUUUAAAAAAAAUAACCCUGGUCGGUCUAACACCGAGGUGUUCAUAGUUCUUUUGUGUCGAAUUUUUUUCUGCACUGAUUCAAAAAAAUAACCUUGGUCGGUCCAACUCCGGGGUGUUGUCGAUUAUAGUUUAGACUCGAAUAUCAAGAGUAUCGAUAACUCUAAAACGAUCAGUGCAUGACUCAAUAGAGCCCAUUCGAAUUUACAACAGUGGUGCCAUAAUAUCUGACCGUGAUUGUUUAAUAAGGUUUUUCAUGUUUUUUAUCAAAAAUGCGCCGGUGUUACUGAUAAAAAAAAAAAUCAACAGAAAUGUGUAAAUGAAUAACUGAAAGCCUGUCUUGAAUCGAUUAAAAUCAACUUUUACUCGAUGACUUUGACAGUUGACGAAUUAAGAUAAUCACUAUAAGAUUACUUUUAAAAGCACAAUACAAAGUACCAAUCGAAGUGUUCCUUAUAAAUAGCCUCUUUCUGAUUGGACUAUAACAAUAUAAUGUUUAUAUUGCCGCCUGUAAUUGAUGUAAUUAACUUUUUAAUAUACGGUACAUAGUAUUGAACAAUUCUUUAUCAUGGCUCCCAGUUUGAUAUGGGCCUAUUGCACAAAAGUUAACAAUGGCAGUAAAGUUAAGUGUGAUUUAUGUCAUAAACAGUUUUUGUUUAAUAAAAGCACAUCAACAAUGAUGAAGCACUUACAAUGUGCUCACAAGAUUGCUCCUCCGUCAAGUAAUGAAAAACAAACUCAGAAAAGAUUGAAUGACAGUCACAAUGAUUUCGAAGUUCAGCCUAAAAAAACUUUAGUCGCUGUCGAAUCAUCUGUUCCAUCGGUUGCUUUGGUACCUCAAACUAAGUCAUCUGUUCAAGAAAAUACCACAGUACAAUCUCAGGUCCAAGGUCCUAUGGAUCGUUGUAUAAACAAUGCUAAUUCUUUUUCAGCUGGUGGACGUAGAUAUGAUCAAGCUACCACAGCUCUUUUACGAAUGAUCGCUGUUGAUAAUAAGCCUCUGUGUACCACAAAAAGACCAGGAUUCAGAAAAUUUAUUAAAACACUGCAACCGUUGUAUCACAUACCCUGUGAGCCAACUAUAACUAAUGCUAUAAGUCGUAAAUAUCAAGAUUUGUCGAAUAAAAUAAAACUUGAACUGCGACAGACAACACACAAUGAAAAGCUAUCUUGGCUUAACAGUUCACUAUCUGAAAGAAACUGAGAUGAAGACUGUUGAGCUGGGCGCUUAUCUCAUGGAAGAGAGGAAAACAAUAGAAAAUUUGAGCUUGAAAUUAAGAAAUAUAUGCAAUGACUGGGGUCUUGAUGAUAGUAAAAUAGCAGCAUUCGUUUCAGAUGGGGGCGCAAACAUCAAAGGAGCUAUUAAAAGUGAGUUCGGCGAUGGGAAACACAUUUCAUGUUUUUGGACAUGUAAUAAAUAAUAUUGAUCAGCGCCUUAUCGAAGCUAAUAUUACUCCACCUGCAUCUGAAUCUCAAAAUCAAGUUUCCGACUCGCUGAUGAAAAUGAUGCUAUUGACAAUCUUGAAGACUUAAUUACAGAUCAUACUGAGCAAUCGUCAUUGCGUGAGCUAUUGUCAAAAGUUAAACAAAUUGUCACAUUCUUUCGACAAAGUGAAAGAGCGACUACAGAGCUUCUGAAAUUACAGAAGGACAAGCCUGAAAAUUCUCGUCUGAAAUUAAUUCAGGAAGUGCGAACGAGAUGGAACUCCUGUUUUGAAAUGGUUGACCGUUUCAUUGUGCUUGCUGAUCAUGUCAGUAAAGUGCUUUUACAAGUGAAGAUGGACAAAUCUUCGAAAGUGAAGCCACCUAACAUGAUCACAGGUGAGGAAAUCGAUGCGUUAGUAGAAGUUCGUGACAUCUUAAAACCUCUCUUGCAAAUAACUCAAGAAGUUUGUUUUGAGAAAUGUGUAACAUUGAGCAAGUGCAUUCCUUUGAUUUCAAGUCUUAGAAAAAAGAUUGAAGAGUUAACGCCAGAAACUUUAAUUGGGCGACAUUUAAAAAAGAGAAUGGUUCAAGACAUCGAAACAAAAUACGGCAAUAUUGAAUCUGUAAAACUGUACGCUUGUGCACCAUUGGUUGAUCCUCGUUAUAAAAAGUUUGGUUUUCAAAGUAUUCGGAAUUCUGCACGAGCGGUAACUAAUCUGAUCUAGUCAAGACAGAACGAAAAUUAGCAUUGGCAGCAACGGUGGCAAAUAUUAACCCUCAAGAUGAGAUAUUAGCUAUUCAAGGUCCGGAAUCUCAGAAAACGAACGAUGACAAUGAUGAUUUAUGGUCUUAUUUUGAUAACACUGUGAGUUGUAGUUUCAAUCUUGCAGAUUCUGAUGAGGCUGGAGGAUUACCAAUACAAUUACGACAAUAUGUGACACGCCCGGCUGUCAAUCGGAAACAAAAUCCUAAUCCGUUCACUGUGUGGGAAAGUAUGAAAUAUGAAUAUCCGUAUCUAUGGAAUGUAGCUAAAAAGUACUUGCCAAUAGUUGCAACGUCUGUACCCUGUGAGCGAUUAUUUUCACAUGCAGGACUUAUCGCAAAUCAGUUGAGGAGUCGCUUAUCACCUCAGCACAUUAAUGAGCUAAUAUUUUUAAGAUCAAUCGGCGAAGAAAUGUGGUUUUCGUAGUUAUUUAUUUUUAAAUUAUUUGUUUUUUAAUUAAAAAAAAGCAAAUUUAUUAUCCAAUACCAAAAUGUAUGCAAUGAAAUC